GGUACCAACGUUUUGUGAGCGUGUGAGUCGUAAAUGUAGUUCGUGUACGGGGAAUUGUAUUCACAAGAUCUAGGUUCUAAGAAUGUUCAAGUUUAAUUUCAGUGGUUGAAUUUAUCAGGACAAAUGGUGUUCUUUUAGUGCCUUGAAAAUCGGCUAUCAUUACCACAAAAGACUAGUGAAAUUGACUCUCAAAGUGGGAGAUCGUUUCGAUUUUGAACGCCGUGAGCAGUGUAACAAACAUGGAGAGAAAUGACAGUCAAACUACUAUUAAGUCUCUGGCAAGUGCCUAUGCUGACGCUGAUUCAGAUCCCGAAAAGGAACCAGAAAUUGACACAAGAAUAUCAGAUUCUGACUCUGAACAUGGCGAUGAUCAACCGUUAACAAUUAAGACGACGAGUGACUCGGGUGAGGGCGGUGAGGGCCCUCCUGUUAAAAAGCCGAAAAAAGUGAACAGGUUGGUAUCCUACGCGGCUGAUGAAAUCGAGGAAAGCAGCGAUGAAGAAGAAAAGAAGGAAGAUGAUGAUAUGGCAAUGCUCAGUGAGAUGCAGGGUGUUGUUGACUAUGGAGCAUCCAUGGACUCUUUAGCAGCAUCUUCCUUGUCCAGAAGUGUUCAACAUUUAAGUGAAGAUGAGAUUCAGAUUCCCCCAGAGCCUCCAGGCAGGUGCUCCAGAGAGUUGCAGGACAGAAUUGCAGGUUUGUUUGACUUAAUGAAUAGAACUGGAGUGGACAUGAAUGACAAGAUACAACGAGAGAAAGACUUCAGAAAUCCAAGUAUAUAUGCAAAACUGGUAGAAUUCUGUGAAAUAGAUGAAAAGGGAACAAACUAUCCACCUGACAUAUUUGAUCCACAUUUUUGGGGCAAAGAGUCAUACUAUGAUGAGCUAGCUAAGGUUCAGAAAGUUGAAAUGGAUAAAAAGGAAAGGGAGAAAAAAGAGAAAACCAAGGUUGAAUUUGUGGUUGGAACUGCCAAGAAAUCCACUGAGCCAGAUGACAAGAAGAGGAAGAGCAAGUGGGACGCCCAGCCCCAGGUGUUGUCCACUGCCAGACCAACGGUCAUCACCACCACUGUCCUCAACCCCCCUGUAGUCUCCGUCACGACCAGCUCUACGGGUGCCAAGACCACCGUCAUCUCAGCCGUGGGUAGCAUAACUGCAUCAAAGAAGUCCAAGUGAUAUGAUGUGAUAUGAGACUGCAGGAUGGUAGGAUACGAGACUUUUGUCAGUGGUAGAAUGUCAGUCAUUGAAGGAUGGCAGAUUAUGAGUAGUCUGAAUAGUAGAAUCAUACAUGGUUAAACUACUUCAAAAUGGAAGUAAGUCUCAUGAUUUUCAGUCCUGCAUCAUUUGAUGGUAGGAAUGUAAACAGAAGAUGUCCCCUCACACUUUGUGCCCUUCAAGGCUGCCAGCAGAGGGAGCUGAUGUAAAGCAGGAGCAUCACUGUCUUCACUGAAGAAGUAGUUUCCACACAAGCUAUUAAAAGUGCAGAUCAACACGGCUGGGAUCUAUCUACCACAGUUGUAUGUGUCACAGUUGUAUCUGUCACCUAAAAAGGAAAGCAGGAAAUGAGGGACAUCUCAGUUGUGUGACACUGCCCAGCUUCACUUAACUGUUGUAAGGGAACGUCACACACACGCCAGAAGUUGGUACAGAUGUUUUAUGACCAGUUGUCGUAAUAAAGCUGUGACUGUGACCAGUUGUGUGUUAAAGAACAAAUUGGAGUAACACCAAGAACAUCCCUCUGAUGUCGUCAUUAGAUUGUAGUUUUAUUAUGUUUCAAAUAGAGACUGAUGCGCUGAAUUGUGGUGUUAAAAUGGUCCCUUCUUGACACGUGACGAACUGAGAUGGCUGACUAGGAUAUAUAGACAUUGAUGUUUAAAUAUUGUAUAAUAACGUAAAUGGAAAAUAUUUUGGUCUAUUUUUGAUAUUUUAAAGAGGAUUUUGAAGAGAAGUGUGGGUGAAAAGUACCGUUUCUGUUUAACAGUUAUGUUAUUUUAACGUUCAGAAAACGCCAGCAUGUCUUUAAGUUAGAGAAAGUGACGUGGGCCACAUCAUUUCACUCUUAAAAACAGAACAACACAGUUAAAUGAAUUCAAUGUGAUUGAAAUAUUGUUGAAUAAAAUGCCUUAAAGUUGAAAGAAAGUCGUUUGCGAUCUGUAACAUUUCCUGUUUUUCCCCUCUGCGUAUUGGGUCAUUUAAGUUUGUGUUCGUAAUGACUGAUGAGCGAUUGAAAUUAAAGCGAUAACAACUGUUUGUAAGAUAACCAUAUUUCACAAU